AACACAUUCAUAAAAUCGACGUCAACUCAAUCUGUCCGAUUUGAUGCGCGCAUUCAUUGUGUAAAGUGGGUAAAGUGAUUCCACCGUAUUGUGAAAUAAAUUUCUUUUUUACAUCUUAAAAGCACCGUCUUAAAAGUACCAAUUCAGUUCCAAAACUGCACAUACGACGAAUGGUGACGAAACCAACACAGCAAUAUAGUUUCAUUGACACCAGUCUUUGAGUGGUAUCAACGAAGCGAACGGAAUAGUUCAUUACGAACGUAAGCAGUUUAGAUAUGCAUCAUAGUGCAUCGCGUGAAUCGCCGAUACGAUCAAAACGAGGAUUACCGAGCAUGGGAAGAUACGACGAAGCUGAUGAUAGAAUGUCGCCGGACCGGCUACGGCGACGCAUAGCCAGAUCACCGAGUCCUCGGGGACGUUACAUAUCACCGCAUCGCGAAGAGUAUCGUCUUCCACGAGGACUAUCGACGGAACGAAGUCACUCGUACAAGGUGUUGUGUGUGAGCGCUAUACACCACAAAGCCUCCGAUGAAUUUAUCAAGGAGACUUUAUAUCGCGAGUACAAGCGUUUCGGUGACUUCAGUAUUCGCAUUUCGCACGAUUUGGAAGAACGAGUCGCCUACGUUUGUUUCCGGACGGCUGAAGAUGCUAGAGAGGCAAAGCACGCGAAACCGAGGGUCAUGUUGUAUGACAAAGUGGCAUUAGUUGAACCGGUUUAUGAAUCGGCCAAACCGGAAUACAAGUAUCGAGAGCGUUCAAGGACACCCGAAUACGAACGAAUGUAUUAUCCACCGCCGCCUGAUCAUCGUGGUAGACAUCCACCAAUCGAUCCAUAUUAUGCACCGCCAAUGGUACCAAUGCACCAUCAUCAUCCAAGACCGAUGAUGCACCAUGAAUAUAUGCCACGUGGUCCACCAAUUCAUCGUGGUCCGCCGCAUAUGCAUCCACCGCAUCAUCCGCAUUAUCCACCACGUCAUAUGGUACCGAGACAUGUUGCUCCGCCACAUGAGAAUAAGAAAGACAAAUUUCCGAACUAUCUACACCACGUAUCUCCCGAAGAUGAUCCGAUGGCAACAAGAACAUUGUUUGCCGGCAAUUUAGAGGUCAACAUUUCUGACGAGGAAUUACGUCGCAUUUUCGGCAAGUAUGGCAUUUGUGAGGACAUUGACAUAAAGCGUCCGCCUCCAGGUACGGGAAAUGCAUUUGCAUUCGUUCGCUUUCAAAAUUUGGACAUGGCUCACCGGGCUAAAGUCGAAUUGUCGGGUCAAUACAUUGGCAAAUUCCAAUGUAAAAUUGGAUACGGAAAAUCCACACCAGCAACACGAAUUUGGGUUGGCGGUCUGGGCUCAUGGACAUCAUUGACGCAACUGGAAAGGGAAUUCGAUAGAUUUGGCGCAAUUAAGAAGAUUGAGUACAACAAAGGCGACACAUGCGCUUACAUCACGUACGAGACUAUUGAAGCUGCACAAGAAGCAGUUAAAGAGAUGCGAGGUUUCGCAUUAGGAGGACCUGAACGUCGUUUGAGAAUCGAUUUUGCUGAUUUGGCCAAUGGACAACCAGCGAAACCAAAAGUCAUUGGGCCACCAGGCUACGAAGAUGUUCCGGACUACGGAAUGGAGUAUCAUGCUCCACAUCCACAUUUCGAAGGAUAUGUACCACGUGGAGGAUAUCGUGGUAGAGGUGGUUACAGAGGUCGUGGUGCCUACAGAGGUGCUUAUCAUUACGAACCACAUCGGCCAGCUGGUGGCGAAGAAUGGAGACGUCCGGCACCGACAUCUUUAGAAUAUGAACCGCACAGAGCUAGACGAUCAGUAUCACGUGGACCUGGCGUGGAACGUUCUCGAUCACGUUCACCAAGACGAAGAAGUCCCGACUCGGACUCAGACUCAUCUUUAAGACGCACUGGCGUGCUCGGUACUUGUCGCACAUUCCAAGAAAUUGCACGCAAAUGUUCGACGUUGUGGUCCGGGGCGCUAAUUCUGAAAAGUUCCCUAUUCCCAGCCAAAUUCCAUUUCACAGAUGGUGAUCCGGACAUCGUUGACGGUUUGAUGAAAGACGAAGAGGGAAAACAUCAUCUACGAAUCACUCAGCGACUGCGCUUGGAUCAACCGAAAUUGGAGGACGUUCAGAAGCGCAUCAGUACGUCAACGUCACAUGCGAUAUUUUUGGGAUUGGCUGGAUCGACGUCAUCAAUAACUAUUGACGAUGAUAGUGUACAGACACGUCCACUACGAAAUCUCGUAUCGUAUUUGAAGCAGAAAGAAGCCGCCGGUGUCAUUUCAUUGCUCAACAAAGAGACCGAAGCGACCGGUGUGUUGUACGCAUUUCCACCAUGCGAAUUCUCAACUGAAUUAUUGAAGAAGACCUGUAGCAGUUUGAGCGAGGAUGGCCUGAAGGAGGACCAUUUGGUUAUUGUGGUCGUGCGAGGUGGAACCGUUUAAACUGUUGUGCACAUAAUUAAUAGGAAAAUGUCAAUGCUACACUCGACGUUAAACCUAGUAAUCCCUUAUAGAUGGCACAGGUAUAUUUUUAUUAUACAUCCACAAAUUUAUCUACAUCAAUUAUUUUUCUCAUCCUCACCCAUUUUGUAGAGAAAUUUGUUUUGAAAUUCUAAAAAAGAAAAAAUUUUAAAUUAAUUCAGUUGUUACAACGAUAAUUAAUUUGAAUGAUGAUGACCUUUGAGUGUUAGUUUAAUCCGAAUGGAAAUUAUUUUCAAUUAUUUGUUUUUUUGUGCAAUUAAAGUGCACAUUCGAAAGCAUUGUGAAAGUUUAAAGUGUUUUAUUUCGAAGAUUUCCAAUAUUUUUUUAAUGUUUUUUUUUGCUGUUUUCCUAUUACACAAAAAUCAAUCAAUCGAAUGAAGUUUCACAGUUUCAAGUGAAAAUUGAAAUGUUUUGCAGUGAAAAAGUUCUGUUCAAAUUUGUUUGUACAUGUGAUGGAGUUGUUUGAGUUUCAGUGUCCAACUUUAAUUACUUCUGCAUUGUAAGAAACAAAAAGUUAAAUUAUGAACCCGAAGCAGGAAGACGAAGACCGAAAUUUCUAUGAUCAUUGUUCAAAUUUCGCUUAAAAUUCCAAUAAAUGUCAAGUCGUCUGUAACAUUGUUUUGGAAAAUAAUAAUUUGUUCAGUCGUUUCGUCUACUUCCAGUAGGUACUGUCAGACACUUUUUCAGGCUCAGGCUUAGGAGCUUUUUUCUUCUAGCUCAAUUCCUUACAUUCUCAGUCCUUCUACUACACGCAGCAGUCUUAAUAGCGUAGUGAAGAGGGGAUAUUUCAGUUGCAUUGAUUCAGAUAAAAAAACAUGAAUGUCCUGGUCGGACUGCAAAAUCUUCAGUAAUUUCAGCAAGAUCUUGGGGAUUUACAAACAAUAGAAAUGGUUCGGCUUCAGGGUUCAGUUGUUGACCAAUACCAAGAAGAUCUUGCUGCAGAGUUCUAACCAUUAGUAGGAUCGCUGGUCGCGAGUUUGAUAGGAACAUCGAAAUCGACAUCAAUUUGUCGUUAAUUUUGCUUCUUUGUUUUGGUUGGAUUGAGCAUUUCGACUCACUCCGGAUGAUAUUGAAGAGGAGAACACCAUCAAGAGUAACUAUUCGAAUUCUGGUGUCUUUCCCCGUUGCUGUAUGAUUCCAUCUCCCACAUCAGUCAACAGUUACAUAUCGGAUUUCAAUUCAAACCUAUACCGACCGUCUUUUCUACUCAAGACACUAUUCUUAAUAGUAUCCUAUCUUUCGUUUCUAUGGGAGAAAUGAUGGAUACGAAAGUGAUUGUGUUACCGAGCCUUUGGGCGAGGUAUUCACCCGAGUAGAUCCAUUUUCCCUCAUAGCACCAUAGAUACCAACGCUAUUUCAUUCAACAAAGCGAAGCCAAUUGUGACAACAUGGAAUAAUGUCUACGUAGAGAAACACAGCUUUAAGUAGAGGAAAUAAUCCGCUUAAACUCUAAUGUGCGUCCCGCACUCACAUAGGAAAAUUAGUCCUGCAAUACAAUACCCCUGAACAAGUCGAUCUCCAUCGUCGAUUCGCCGCUUACAUGACACUGAAAUGAAACCACUUCAUGGUGACAAAACGUUAAAUCCAAUUCUAUUUUCGUUGAUGAUCUAAAAAGUUUGUGGCAACAAAAUCGUAACGACAUUUUGUGAACACAGUGAGUGUUCGUGCAUCUGAAUAUGCUAAAUAAAUUCUCGUAUUGAAGAAAUGAAAUAAAAAACAAACAAAAAUGAAAUGAGAAAAGUAUAAUUUGUUCAAUGUAAGUGUUGUAAAUCCAAAUGAAAUAAGUAAAUUUUGUUUGCAACAAAUUUCUAUUUCACCUUUGCUAAGUUUAAGUGAUUGUAAUUCUACUAUUUGAUGUGAAAAAAACAAAACGAAAAAAAAAUGAAGAAAAAAA